AUGAAGCUUCAGGUAAGCCGGGAUAUGAUGCGUCGUUCGCUUCUUCUCGCUCUCCUAUUCUGCAUCGACCACGUUGCAUUGUUGGAAGCCAUCGGUGUCCACAAUUGGUCAUCAACAUUUAACAACAAACCGCCAAAGAAAUGGGUUGUCCUGGCCACUGGUUCCAACACCUGGGAAAGUUAUCGACAGCACGAUGUCACACGGGAUAACUUCUUGAACGUAUUAAAAGGCGAUAAGAAACUUGAAGCCAACAAGAAGAAGGUGCUGAACAGCGGUCCUGAUGACUACGUAUUCAUCUACUUCUCUGGCCAUGGUGGGACUUCCCAGAUUACCUUCCUAGAAGAACAUCUGUGUGCCAUGGAGUUGAACGAUACCCUCGCCUACAUGCAUUCAAAAAAAAAGUUCAACAAAUUGGUGCUGUACGUGGAGGCUUGCUACUCUGGCUCUAUGUUUAAAGAUGUUCUCCCUUCAAAUAUGGGAAUCUACGUGACAACAUCAACCAAGGAAGAUGAAGUCUCCCAGGCUGUUUUUUGUUAUGACAAGAAAAUCGAUGUUUGUCUAGCGAACGAAUACUCGUACGAAUGGCUUAUAGAUUCGGAACUGGAAGACAUAAAAAAGCGUACACUGGACGAACAAUACGAGGAGGUGAAAAAGUGUACAUUGUAUAGUCACGUGAUGAAAUACGGUGAACUGACGAUUGGAGGUCUCCCUGUUGGAAAGUUCCAAGGUCAUUAUGAUCUACUGAUGCACCGGAAGGAUGUGGCGAUAGUACCGAAGGCUGUAGAUAAAAAGCCCUAUUGCCAGGCGAACUUGUUUUCAAAGUCGCGACGCUUGGUGCAGGCCGCCACAGAGGAAGAAUAUGAAAUCGCUUGGAAAAGGCUGCACCGUACCCUUCAGCUUGGCCACGUCGUCAGGGAAACGUUUCGCGGCAUCGUCGUGGAUGUGACAACCAACCAUAAGCCAACGCUAAAGGACUUGUCCAAGAGGGAUGAGCUCAUGUGUUUCAAGGCAGUAUUCGGUCAAAUCCUGACGCGCUGCUUCACAACCCAGCAGACCGUCCUCAUGGGCCGGGCGAAGGCGCCCCUGGAUGCGGCCAGAAGAGGCCCUCGGAAAGUGGACUGGGCCGCCACGAUGGAUGUCCCUGAAGCGGAGUUCGACACGCCGGCCGUCCGCCAGAAGGCUAUGGGACGGUUCAAGAUGGCCAGGAUGGCACCCGGAUCGGACCCGACCGUGUUCUUUGCCGGCCGGCUACCGUCGUUGGAUCACGCUUUGCCGACACCGGACGGAGUGCCGCGACACCAGUUGCUGUCGGAUCAGUUCGUCGAAGCUGAGAUCCUGUUAUCUAUCUGCUUUCAGGUCCCCGAGGUAGCCCAGCAUACAUCCCAUUUAAUGGAGCUGUGCAAAGCCGGAUACGAGGCUGAAACCCUCAUUGACUCUGUUCAAAACUUCUGCUCCUAA